CAGAUAAACAAGGACUCAACCUCAGCGUCAUCACAAACCCACUCUGAUUGAGCUCUUUCAUGUUUCCUGUGCCUAUUAGAUGUGCUCUUCAUCAGGUUACACAUUCUCUGGAGAACGUAGAUGCUGCAGAGUCAAAAUGCUUUUUAUGUUAUACCUUAUACUGAGUGGAGUUGAAGUGAGACCAAGUUGUUCAGAUCAGUUUAAAGGGUUUCAUAUUCAAGUGGACCUCAAGCACAUUGACAAAGAGGAGCGUGUUACUGUUCGUUGUGAAGCUGAGAGAGGAACACACUGCCAUUUCUACACGGAUCUGAGCAAUGCCCCUUUCAGAACUGUGCCAUUCCGGGAAAAGUAUAAAGUCUGUUUCCUCACUGUGUCUGGAAGGGAGCUGCUGAAAGGGAGAGGUAGUGGAACCAGCACUGAAGUCUUUGUGAGCUGUGCAGUUGAAGUGGUGAGAGCAGGCGAUCGAGUUACUUCACAGCGCAGUGAAAUUAUAGGAAUCAGGGUGGAUGGUGUCCCAGAUGUCACAGAAUCACAUAUCACUGCAAAAAGCCCUGAUGUUACUGGGACACAAUCCACAACAAACAGUCAUGUUUUCUUUUCAGGCAAAUUUCCUGAGAUUGUCACUUGGGGGGCAGGUGGUGGACUGCUCUUUCUCAUGACAGUAGGAGUUGUGACAUUCCUCUGCCUCAAGAGAAAAAAACAGGACAGUGAGAGGGAUACAGAGCAUGGGAACAACUGUCCAGAGACUGGCACUUAUCCCAGCGUUAAAGAAGAAUGGAUUUCAAUGGAGCAGCAGGAAAGAGAGAAUGAAGUGUGUUACGCCACUGUGAAACUAAAAGUGCCAAAGAAAGUGGUCCCAGUGGUACAAUUUGAUGAAAGAUCUGAGUACGCCACUGUGAGAAUACACCGAGAGGCUACAGGAGCACCAGAGGAGGGAUUCCUGUCUUCAGUCACUGAAUAAAGAAGAUUUACAAACUGGGAAAUAGGGAAAUAAGGCAUUUCUUCAUUUCUUAAUGCUUUAUUAUUUCUGCACCAGUGUACCUUUCCUAUUUAUUCCAUUGUUUUUGGACUUUGAAGGUAGUGUGUGUCAUAUUUUUAUGUAGACUCCCUCCUCUGAAUGGAUGGACACUGCUUAAUUAUUUGAGUUAAUGAAGUGAACAAUGUAUUGUAUGACACACUGAGUAUUGUGUGUCCUCACUUAAACUAUGUGGUAUAAACUAAAAAGACAAUUACACCAGGUGUUAAAUUACCCCCUUUUUAAUAUAUUACUUUUACCGUUUAUGCUUGUGGAGCUACUGUAUCUGUGAUAAAUUGAUCUUCUUUACUUUAAAUGGGAACAAUAACUCUAAAAGUAGAGGAAUAGAGCAGUGUCCAUCAACACUGGUUCAUAAGUGCCAAAAAGGCCAGAUGUUUUCACUACACCUGAGUUUUUAAAUAUGGGAAUUGAACUUAUUGUUAUUAAUUACAUUAACUAACCUUUCCUACUUUAUGUAGCUGGUUAUCAGAAAAACAUUAAACUGGCUUGAGUUGCCCAACAUAAAAUGCAAUAAUGAUCAAACUCAACUUGUAGGAGGUUCCUGCAACACAUUAGUUAAAGUAAGGAUUUUAAACUUGGUUUCCUGUCUAAGUUCCACUCCUUCCAUAUUAAAUUCACUAUAUACUGUACAAAUGUAAGUAAUGAUUGAUUAUAGCAUGUAAAUCAUGUAUUGGUGUAAUAAUAUCACACAGAUGAUUUUCUAUGCUCUAAUAUAUUGUCAGCUACAA